GCUCUGUGCUCUGUGCUCAGUGCUCAGCGAGCGGCAGGCCGGGCAGCAUGGCUCCACAAGUGUUCACGGUGGAACUGCCCGGGCUGGGACGCCCGACGCCCACCUCCUUCGAGGAGGCCAUAGCUCUGACGGGCCACGGCAGAUUCCACCGGCUGCUCCUGGUGUGCUGCGGUAUGGCACUCGCCUCCGUCAUAGCGGUCACCAUCAACACCUCGUAUGUGAUGCCUUCCGUCGGCUGCGAGUUCCUGAUGACCUCCCACGAGAAGGGCCUGCUCAACUCCAUGGUCUACAUAGGCAUGAUCUGUAGCUCGCACCUUUGGGGGUUCCUGGCGGACACGCGCGGCAGGAAGCCCAUCAUCCUGGCCGGCUUCCUCAUGGACACUGUGUGCACCAUCAGCUCCAGCUUCACGCAUUCCUACUGGCUCUACCUGCUGCUGCGCUUUCUCAAUGGCUUCGCCAUCAACGCGACGGCCGCCAUCAACUACGCCUACCUGGGGGAGUUCCACCCCGCCUCGACUCGCACCCAGGCCAUCAUGUGGUGCGGAGUGUUCGUGUCGCUGGCCAGCAUCCUGCUGCCAGGGCUCGCCUGGGUGGUGAUCCCACAGCCGUGGAGCGUGGAGCUGCCCGCCUUCACGUUCAGCUCGUGGCGCGUGUUCCUGCUGCUGUGCUCGGCGCCCAGCCUCGUCACGGCGGCGCUCUUCACGCUCAUGCCGGAGAGCCCCAAGUUCCUGCUCACCCAGGGACGUCACGACGAGGCGCUCGCCAUCCUGCGGCGCAUCUACAGCCUCAACACCAGCAAGCCCUCUGACACCUACCCGGUGCAGCGACUCAUGCUGUCGGAAAGUAGCGUCGACCCCCCCGCCAGCAAACAACCCUCGCAGAGCUUCCAGGACGUCAUGAGGAGCGUGUGGAGGCAGACCGCGCCUCUCUUUGUGCCUCCUCACCUUCUCUCCACCGUCAUCAGCUUCCUCCUCCUCUUCGUCUUCUUCUGCGUGGGCAACGGCGUGAUGCUGUGGCUGCCGGAGAUCUUCAACACGGUGUCGCAGUUCUCUGCGCUGGCACCGGACGAGCCAAGCUCGGUGUGCGCCUCCUACCACGGCCUGGGCAGUCUCAACACCACCGCGCAUGCGCUGCUGCAGCUCAACGACUCCGGCCAAGGCGACAUGCUCUGCUCCACUGCCAUCGACCCCAUCGCUUUCCAGAACACCUUGAUCGCCGGCGGGGUGUCUUGCGUUAUGUACCUGGCGGCCGGAGUGGCUGUGCACUUCAUCAGCAAGAAGUCGUUCACCCUGCUGGUGCUGGUGGUAGCAGCGGCCUGCGGCCUAGGCCUCGACUUCGUCAACAUGCCAUCACUGGUGACGGCGCUCGCCUGUGUGAUGGUGUCCGUGCUUUUUACCGGCGUUAGUGUUGUCAGCUCCUUUGUCGUCGAUGUCUUUCCCACUCAUCUCAGAGGCAUGGCCAUGAGCCUAGGGCUGAUGGCAGGGAGGAUCGGAACUGUCAGUGGUAACAUGAUCCUGGGAGCACUCCUUGAGCAUGACUGCGACGUGGUCUUCUACUUCAUCGCUGCCAUUUGCCUGGGUUGUGCACUUCUGACGUUCCUGCUACCAGGGAGAAAAUAAGAUAUGUUAAUUUUAUACUUGUGUAUAUAUAUUUUCAAAUAAAUCCUGCGUUUUUUUAUCUCGCAA